AUGGAGGUGGUAUCAAAUAUGUUGUCUUUCAUCACCGACAUUUUGAAUAUGUAUAUCCCACAUCAGGCUGAAUUGCACCCGCGCUCCUGGAACUUCAUUCCUGUGAGGGGGGUUUCAUUGAAUGCCGCUGGCCUUGUAGCCAUCGCAGAGGUUUCGGUUCUCGCUAAACGCACGGCACUCACAGGUGCAUCAGCUCUCCUUGACACACUCGUGCUUUGUCCUGGCAUUCAUCGGCAACAAUCUGCACCCGAACUCAACAAUGGCGAGCACCCAGCAACUGCCGCGCUGACAUCGGGAUAUGUAUUCCGCGUGGAAAAUCCAGCUACCGUGCUAUUCCUACAGAAGAUGAGUGUUACCGGUCACCUUACAUACCUCAAGGUAGCUCCAGUUUCAAAAUCAAAUACUGGUCUCCAGUCAAAAUUGAAUUUCCUCUUCCCUCUGACUGCGACAUUUGCAUCUUCAAACAUACCCUACUUCCUUGCCGCCAUUGCAUCGCAAGCCGUUUUAGUAAUCCUAAUUAUCGCACACGACUGGUGGGGUGUCUCUGCUCUCCUGGCACUGAUGUUCGCUCGCCUCUGCAAUGUGAUGGUCAUCCGCCGACGGAAUACCCUCGGCUGGAAAGGUGCUCCCGAACCUGGAGUUCAGGGCGACCUUCUUAUUCUCCUAAGCCAGGAUCGAUGGGUCAGACUUCAAGGUGCGGUGGAUGACCUAAAAGCCGUGACAUCUGGCCAGUGGCUGCGGGACUGCACGUUCGCAGAAGAUUCAAUCACAGCAUUCGCGACGCUGCUCGUUUAUACUGACGUUGCUCUCGUCAGCAAUGUGAGCAAACCAGGACAGAUUCUUAUUCUCGCACUUUUUGUCAUCUCGACCGCGCUAUUAGCCUCGUCCAAUGCAAUGACGUCAGAACUCUACAUGCAUGGCAGAAAAAUAUCGGCGACGGGAAAAUCGAAGAAGUAUGCUAGGAGGUUAGAUAUGGCCAAUGACCUUAUCCAAGAGACACGGCGUGAAGAUUGGGCGCUGCGAUUGGGAAUGAUUGUUCGCCAGUUCCAGGACGCAUCGACAAACACGACAGACUGCUCUGUUUGCUUAUGA